AUGCCUUCAGAUUCAGAACUUUCAUCGUUAUCAUCGGCACCUCCGACAGAUGACGAAGCUACUAUGGCGAUUGACCACCCGACUGGUAUCGCAAAGUACUUCAAGAAGGAAUCUGAGACGCCGCCACCGAAGCGGGAACCGUCACCUCCGCAUGAAUACGUCCUGGCCGACAACCCCGAUAUUGCGUUCAUCGUCGCGUUCCGCGCGCGUUUCCAUGAAGUGUUCCCCAAAGGAGUGCCACACUACGGCCCGCAGGAUAUCGAGAAGGGGAUUGAGGAGUCUCCCCCGGGGAAUACAUUGAAAGACUUCUAUGCGCAUUGCUUGGGCUUGUUCUAA